GAAAAUGUAAAAUGUAGAAUAAAUAUUACGAGUAUUUUAAAUACUCACGUGUAGUCGUUAACAAUGCAAGUUCAGGAUAACUGCGCAUUUUGCCUCGUCUCUAUGAAGCGUCGAGCACUGAAAAGGUUACAGCCAUGCAGACACCUAUUUCAUGCUGACUGUUUUGAAAAUGUACCAACCGCAACAAGUUGUCCAAUUUGUCGAAGCGAUGUAACGGUUGCCGAAUCAGUUGAGCGACGUGCCAACAUAAAAUACUCUGCUGAAGACAGGAAGCGAAUUGUGGAGGCAGCCAAUAAAGGCCUUGAUUGGGUGCAGCUGGCGGAGUCUUUAAAUGUAAAAUAUAAAACGGCUUACGUAUGGGUAUCUUCUGGCACUUCUCAAGCACUAAGGCAAGGCAGUACAAAAGAAAGAGCGCUGUCGGACAAUGAAGUUGCAGUGAUGGUCCAAUGGAUUGAGGAGGAUGCCACUAUGACACUCACAAAAAUUCGUGAAAAAAUUAAACAAACGUUUAGAAAAGAUAUGUGCAUUUCCAGCGUGGGAAACUAUUUACAAGGACAACUUUUUACGAUGAAGGGGAUUCAUAAGGAACCUCAAUCAAUGAAUUCGCAGCUAAAUAAGGAAAAGCGCCGCGAAUACGUAUGUACGUUGAAUCAAUAUAUUCAGGAAGUCUAGCAGAUUUUAUACAUCGACGAGACAAAUUUUAAUUUAUUUUGUCGGCGUUCACGAGGUCGUGCUAAGGUUGGAAAACGUGCGGUACAAGUUUUACCAGUGGCUAAAGGGCCAAACGUGCACCUUAUUGGGGCCAUUUAUGCGUCUGGUGUAGUCAAAAUGACUACCAGAAGAGGAUCCUUCAAGUCUGAGGACGCAAACGCUUGGCUCCGCUCCGUUUUAGAUAGGUGGUGCGAAAUGGGUAAUCAGCUUACCGAUGCCAUUAUU